AUUUGACAGCAGAUUUUUCUUCAAUAACAAAAGUAUAUCGACGAGAUGUUGUAAUAAAGUUUCCCUAAACAUAAAAUCGCUUGAAAAAAAAUCUUUAAAAAAAAUAAAGAAACCAAGAAAAAAAAACAACAUUCUUUUGUGACGAAAAACUUAAAAGUGCAAAAAUCUCCGAGACUUCUCUUUUGCAAUUCGAUUAAAAUGCAAUGACAAUGUAAAGAAAAAAAAAAAAGAAAAAGAAACUUCAUCGAUCUUCCCGAGUCGUCAUUUUUAUCGGAUUUUCUCAUAUUUUGCGAUUCUAAAAAUAAAAAUCUUGUGUGGAAAACCGUGCAAAGAGCCAGAGCCUACCUACAUUUUAAAUCGCAAAGAAUAUUGAGUGUUUCUCUGUUUUUGACUUUCAUUCAUCAAUCGAAAAAAAAAAAACAACCAACAACCAAAGAAAAAAAAAAGAAAUCUUUAAAAAUAAACGAAACGAUAAUAAAAGAGAGUUAAAAUGUCUGAUUUUGUGCCACGUGAUAUUUUACCGGAUUUGUGGGAAGAAAUACUCCAAAGGCAUUGGACAUUUCUAGAGACUGAAGAAAGUAUGCAAAAGCUAGAGGAACGCAAAAAAUUAGAAGCAUGUUUAAAAGAGUUCCUCUGUGUUGUGCCACAUGAUAGGAAAUUUUUCCUACCCGAAACAGCUCAUGUACUGAAGAAGACUGUCAAAGAAUUGGAUGAUUUUAAUGCUUUUAAAGCAAUGGUUGGAUUCGAAUCAAUAAGUCAAUAUGCAAAUAAUUUAUUCACAAAACCAUGGAGAAAAGAGUACAGAGUUAUAAAGAUGUAUUCUGGGUUUUAUCAACACGAAAUCAAAUCAAAUUUAGUCGAUGCAGAAAAACUCUUUGAGGCAAUGGGCUAUCGUCAGAUUUCAAAUCAGAUACUCGUCUUGGAUGGACCAAUAUGCCCAGAUCAAGUCACAAAUGUCUCGAGAGAUGCAAUGGCCGCCUAUGUUGAGUGCCAAAUAAUGAAACAAAUCAAAGCUGGCCUCACAGCUCUUCCACUUGUUUGCUCUUGGAAUGAUAUUUUUAAAUUUAGAGAAACUCACUUGGGUGGUGCAUCGCAAGCAAUUAAAGCCAUAGCAUAUGCAGAACAAGAACGAAGGUUUCGAGCUAAAAAACUUGCAGCAGAAGCUCAAUUUGCAUCUCAAGUUGCACCCCCACCUGUUGCUGUUAAAAGUGCUGGUGGAACAUCGUGUGACAAUUGUGCAGUACAUGGAAACUACCAUCAUCAUUUGCAUCCAUCAGCUGGACCACCUAUUCAUCAAAUACCGAAUGGUUGCAAUAUGCGUACCCAAUCAGCCUACAACCCUUCCUGCACUAUCCACCAUCCCACCAGCAAUAUGAUGCAUUGUAAACACCCCAACUACUCACAAAUGUCACACUCUAGAAGCCUAGAGCAUUACAACGAGCAUUCAGAUGGCCCACCCUUGCCACAUCGCCACUCUUUCGACCAACCCCCACAAUCCCACCAGCCACAACAUCUCUAUGACAAUCCCUACGACUGUGUCGACAGUUAUCAAAACACUUGCAACUUCAAUGCAUACAACCAUCCGUACAAUGUGUCUGGCAAUCGUUAUCCUCUUCCCUACAAUAUAUCCAAUCAACUGAAUAACCACAAUCAAUAUGCUUACAAUGGCUCUGGCAAUAUGUAUCAUCCAGUUGCCGGAUGCGGUCAUAAGAUUCAACCACCAGCCGCAAUCGAUGCCGCAGCAUAUGGCGAUUGCAAUGGUGGCUAUGCCAAAAUAAAUCCUUGCAAUUACCCUUCUCAUCAGUCAGCACGAACUAGCGGAGGCAACAAAGACUUUCAGAACUACAGGCAGAGAUCUUUUCCGCCAGAUCAUCAGCUUAUCGAUUUCGAGGAACGACCUGCGCCCCAUGAACUCCCACAUUCACACUCCCGCUCGCAAAACAAUAGUUUCGAUUUGCACGACCGCACCACACAGGUUUAUGAUAAUAGGCGAAGCCGUUCUAGCAUGACACAAGCAGCUUUACCCCCAAUACAAAAGGACAUUUACAGCCGAAAUCAUCAUAAUAAUCACAUAGAAAGUUCAGACGAUUUGGAUGGAAACUAUGUGUAUGCGACACCAAUACCUGGAAAACAUCGAAAGGUAACGACUGAUAAAUAUUUGAAAAAUUCGGAAAUCCUACAAGAAUACGAAAAAAUACUAGACAAUAAAAAGCCUCCAUUGGAAGUUGCUGUACAAACCAAUGGUGGAACUCAUACAACACAGCUUUCGUCAUUGGACAACUUUGAAAGCUUUGAUGAUUUCGUGAAUGUGGAAAACACAAAGGUCAAUGUGGGCGAAUCUUCUUCGACUGCAACAAAAGCUUUGAAAGCCAAUAAAAAUCAAGAUGGCGUUGGAUCGUUUGAGUCGUGGGAUUAUGUAUUUCAGAAUCUCGAAAAACACGGUUAUUCAAAGGAUCUUGGUGAAAGGGGGGAUCUGUUGGUACAAAGUCUUGAUUUAGACUCUCUAAAUAUAUCAACUGGAGGCCAUAUAGCGACGGAAAAGCGGCGUGUAAGUCGCAACCCAGAGGCAAAACCACGCCCUCUGAAUGGCGAUAUUGCAAAGUCAAAAACACUAGAAAAGGUUCCCCCUGUUUCGCGGAAUAGAAACGGCACUGAAAAGUCAAUUCUUAAGGUACAAUCAAAACCUGUGGAAAAUGGUCAGGUGUUACAUUUGAAGCCGAGUCUGAAAUCAAAUACAAAACAUUUGAACAAUAACUUUGAAGAAGAAAACAAUCAUCAGCAACAACAUCAACCCUCAGUCGAACGAGUGGUUUCAAGCCGAUUGAGUAGCUCAUCAUCACGAACACCCUCGAUUAUAACAAACAAUGCGAGCAGCAAUGCAAUUGCAACACAAGUCAUUGUGACGAGUCCGAACGAAUGGAGUUGUAGAUUUUGUACAUUUUUGAAUCCCGACACAAAACGAGUUUGCGAGAUGUGUUCGAAGAGUAAAAAUUUAAUUUUAGAGUCGACUAAUACGCCGACUUGUGUUUGAAAGAUUGAAUAAUUUUAUUUAUUUCGUUUCGCUUUGAUUUCUCUUUUCUCACAGCCUGAGCCUUUAUAUUUUUAAAUUAUCUAUGUAUAUCUUUUUUCUUGUUUUCUUUCUCUCGAAUUGUUAUUUGGUAUUUUUUCAUAUAUAUAUAUAUAUUUCUUGUUGAAAAAAUGUGUUUGAAAAAAAAAAAAACAAAGUGUUAUGUGUUCUCUAAGAUGUGUGUUAGAAAUUGCCCAAAAAAUUAGCCAAACUUCGAACGA